CGGCCGGUCGGGGACGUUCGUGGGGCUUCUUGGAGCUCCGGCGCCUGGGACGCGCGGCGGCUCCUCCGCCAGCCGUGUCCACGGCGCUGGGGUGGUACGGGCCCGACCGGGAGGCCCGCCUUUGGCGAGAAGAUGGACGCGGAGAGGCGGCCGGCGCCGGGCCCGCCCGCCAGGGGCCUGUUCGCGGACGGGCACCUGGUGGUGUGGACGCUGUGUUCCGUGCUGCUGCCCGUGGCCGUCACCUUGUGGUGCAGCCGCCAGCGCUCGCGCCGCCAGCUGCACCGCAGGGACAUCUUCCGCCAGAGCCAGCACGGCUGGCUGGACACGGACCUCUUCAGCCAGCCCAGCUACUGCUGCGUGUGCGCGCAGCACAUCCUGCGGGGCGCCUUCUGCGACUGCUGCGGGCUGCGCGUGGACGAGGCCUGCCUCCGCGAGGCCGACCGGCGCUUCCCGUGCAAGGAGAUCGUGCUCAAGGCGGGCGCGGGGGCGCCGGACGCCAUGCCCCACCACUGGAUCCGGGGCAACGUGCCCCUGUGCAGCCCAUGUGCGCUCUGCGGGCAGCAGUGCGGCAGCCAGCCCAAGCUCUGCGACUACAGGUGCAUUUGGUGUCAGAAAACAGUGCAUGAUGAAUGCAUGAAGACAAGCUUACAGAACGCUCAGUGUGACUUCGGGGAAUUCAGAAGCCUCAUCAUCCCACCGAGUUAUUUAACCUCCAUUAACCAGAUGUGUAAGAACAAAAGGAAAGACUAUGAAGUGCUAGCUGCUAAGCUUGGAAAACAGUGGACCCCAUUAAUAAUCCUAGCCAACUCGCGUAGUGGAACUAACAUGGGAGAAGGACUGUUGGGAGAAUUUAAGAUCCUGUUAAAUCCCGUCCAGGUUUUUGAUAUAACCAAAACUCCCCCUAUCAAGGCUCUACAGCUGUGUACCCUUCUUCCCUAUAAUUCAGCUCGUGUUCUUGUUUGUGGAGGGGACGGGACGGUGGGCUGGGUCCUGGAUACAGUUGAUGAAAUGAAGAUUAAGGGACAAGAAAAAUACAUUCCACAAGUUGCAGUGCUGCCUCUGGGAACAGGCAAUGAUCUGUCGAAUACACUGGGCUGGGGUACAGGCUAUGCUGGUGAAAUCCCAGUCGCUCAAGUCUUAAGAAAUGUGAUGGAAGCAGAUGGCAUUAAACUCGACCGGUGGAAAGUUCAAGUAACAAAUAAAGGAUACUAUAAUUUAAGAAAGCCCAAGGAAUUCACAAUGAACAACUAUUUUUCUAUUGGACCCGAUGCUCUCAUGGCCCUCAAUUUUCAUGCCCAUCGUGAGAAGGCCCCAUCUCUGUUUUCUAGCAGAAUUCUUAAUAAGGCUGUUUACUUAUUCUAUGGGACCAAAGAUUGUUUAGUACAAGAAUGUAAAGAUUUGAAUAAAAAAGUUGAGCUAGAACUAGAUGGCGAGCGAGUAGAGCUGCCAGAUUUGGAAGGCAUCAUAGUUCUGAACAUUGGCUACUGGGGCGGUGGCUGCAGGCUGUGGGAAGGUAUGGGAGAUGAGACCUACCCGCUAGCCAGGCAUGAUGAUGGCUUACUGGAAGUGGUUGGAGUAUACGGGUCUUUCCACUGUGCCCAGAUUCAGGUGAAGCUGGCGAAUCCUUUCCGAAUAGGACAAGCCCACACUGUGAGGCUGAUCUUGAAGUGUUCCAUGAUGCCAAUGCAAGUCGACGGGGAGCCGUGGGCCCAAGGGCCUUGCACGGUCACCAUAACUCACAAGACACAUGCCCUGAUGCUAUACUUCUCUGGGGAACAGACGGACGAUGACAUCUCCAGUACUUCUGAUCAAGAGGACAUAAGAGAAACCGACUAGGUGGAUGUGAAAAUGCAGGCCCAGCCUAGCGUCCUUGGUCCUUGCAGAUAAGUAGAUCCACACUCAUCUGAAAGCAUAAGCUGUCCGUCAGUUCAGUUGUGAUUUCACUGGCACGUAGCAGGUGCAUGUUUAUGUGAGUAGCAGCCAGGGACGGACGCCUGCUCUUUGUUUUCCUUGGUCGUAUGUCUGGAGAAGGGUUCACUCUGAAGUAUGCUGUCUCAUUCCUUACUCCUGAAAUGCACAUUUGGUGUGCGCUUUAAUAGUGUGGGUGUGCAGGCUGUUUCCUCCUCAUCUUCACGUGUGGGCAUUACAGCAUUUUACACUGGCUUUGAUGAAGGGCCAGGUCAGUGACACGCUCACGUGGCCGAUGCUGUGUCCACCAGGGUGGCCUCCAACCCAAACCAAAUGGCUCUGUGCGCACAGAAUCCCAAAAGGAGACCAAAAAAGAAUAAUACUUAAAGUUUUUAUUUUUACAUUAGGAUUAUUUUCAGAUCCCUAAAUGUUAGUUAACCCUGCUAGUGACUAUGCUGUUGAAAUUUAAAAUCUUUUUUACAAGCCAGACAUGUGAAUUGAUAAAAAGCAAGAUUCCUAGGACCGGGGAGUGCAUGUUCAAGGCUCACUAAUGUUGUAAAGAGUGAGUGUCUUGUAGUAUUUUGAAGUAGUGUUUUAUAUAUAAAAUAUUUAAUAGUUUUCUUUCAGGGAGGUAAGUGUACAGAAGCUUCUACUAAAAUAAAUGUGUAUAUCAUACUUAUGUAAAAAUGAGAUAUAUUUUAAUUUAUUCAUUUUGAUACCUGUGUUUUGUGUUUACACUGUAAUAGCUGUAUAGCUUUAUUAUAAAUUCAGUUUAUCACAUUGAUUCUGUUAAUCAUAAUCAGAAAUUUGGUCUGCAAAGUAAUUAAAAUUCUGAUUCUCCUGACAGAUUUAUUACCCAGUUCUGAUUCUUUCCAAAUAGUCCUCAGUGUCUGAGGGCAGUUGUGAGAAGGACUGGGAAACCAUGGAGAACUGAGAGCUGUGCCAGGCACUAUGCUUUGCCUUGCCAGAGGCUAUUGCAGGGCUGGUCUCAUUUCUCUGGCCCACUCUGGUGCCCUAGCCUGGUGGUUUCUUCCAAGUGCUUUGCUGUGGGCUGGGUGGUCUUCAGUGACAUAAUCCCAAAGAUUAGAAAGUGUCCUCCCAGACAUCACCAGCUCCCCUCAGUGGUCUGUUAGGAGGCCUUGUCCGGGAACUGCUGCAAACAGACUCAAGUCGCAUCUGGGCCAGUCCGUAUCUUGAGGAAACAAUUUAGUAAUAGAUACGGUCUCAUCAGUGUUAAAUACAGCUUCAAAUCUUUAUAGUUGAUGCUGAAUGGUUGUUUUGAAAGAUUGUUGAGCCUGCUGUAUUUCCUGCUUAUUCUCAGUACCUUACACAGGAACUAACUGUGGUGGUUGUGGGAGAGUUCUGUAGAUUUUCUUUUAGGGACUGAUCACAUUUUGAGUAAUUAAACUUAUUCUUUCAUUAAUGAUCAGAAUUGUUACAGAUCCCAUAUUUUGUAAAUUCACUUUGCUAUUGGUUUUAGUUUACUAUAAUUUGUAGUGCUAAUUAUAGUAGAAACUCAGUAAAGAGUUAAUUUGGGAUGUUAGAAUUAAAGUAACCAUUGUGUUUAAUUGCUAAAAGGAACUGCAAUGUUACACUGUAUUAUAACAAGUUUAUAUACAAUGCCCUUAUUUAUUUAAACCAGUCUUUGACCUUCCACAAAUGUUUUCUGCUGUCUUAGAUUCAGAAUCUUCAUGUAGGAAGACUAUGACUAUACCAUGUCAUAGUAUGUCAUUAUCUUGUUUUAACAAAAUUCACUUACUUUUAGGCACAUUUACCCAGGAUUUCAAAUACAUGCAUAGCAUGUGCCUCAUUUAAAUAAAUACAAUUUGUGAGAUUUUGUAUUUGCAAAUUAGGAUUAAAGAUCAUAAUUGUUUAUAAUACCAAGGAGUCUACACUUUAGAAAAUUUGCUGUGUGAUUUUCCUGUUUGAUUUGCAUUGUCCUAAUUUUU